AUGGAUCCCCCGGAGACCGCGGCGGACAGCCAGGGCGCGGCCACCGCCUCGCAGCCCCCCGCUGCGCCCCAGCGGCGCUUGGGCCUGGGGGGCGCGUUGCCCCCAGACGUGCGGAAGGAGGCGCUGGAGCUAGCGGCGCUCGCUGGACCCGUGUUCCUUGCGCAGUUGAUGAUCUUUCUCAUCAGUAUGGUCAGUUCCAUAUUCUGCGGACAUCUGGGUAAAGUGGAGCUGGACGCUGUCACCCUGGCUGUGUCGGUUGUGAAUGUUACUGGGAUUUCAGUCGGAACUGGCUUAGCCUCCGCUUGUGACACACUGAUGUCUCAGUCCUUUGGAGGCAAAAACCUGAAACGUGUGGGGAUCAUACUCCAGAGGGGAAUCCUCAUCUUGGGGCUCUGUUGCCUCCCUUGCUGGGCCGUCUUCAUCAACACGGAACGUCUCCUUGUCCUCUUAAGACAGGACCCCGAAGUUGCCAGGACAGCCCAAGUCUACGUGAUGAUUUGCAUUCCUGCUCUUCCUGCAGCAUUCCUAUUCCAGCUGCAGACAAGAUAUUUACAAAGUCAGGGCAUCAUUAUGCCCCAAGUUAUUACUGGGAUCGCAGCAAAUGUCAUCAACGUGGGCAUGAAUGCCCUCUUACUGUAUGCCCUGGACCUUGGAGUGGUGGGGUCAGCCUGGGCCAACACCACCUCACAGUUCUUCCUGUGUGCUCUUCUUUUCCUGUACAUGUGGUGGAAGAAAAUCCAUGUCAGCACCUGGGGAGGCUGGACAAGGGAGUGCUUCCAGGAAUGGGGCUCCUACACCCACCUGGCCAUCCCCAGCAUGUUCAUGGUGUGCAUCGAGUGGUGGACCUUCGAGACCGGAACCUUCCUUGCAGGCCUCAUUAAUGUGACAGAACUGGGAGCCCAGGCCAUAAUUUACGAACUGGCUUCUGUGGCCUACAUGGUACCCCUUGCCUUUGGCGUGGCAGCCAGCGUCCGGGUGGGCAACGCUCUUGGAGCAGGGGAUGCCGAACAGGCCCGAUGCUCAUGUACCACCGUUCUCCUGUGUGCUGGUGUUUGUGCAGUCAUGGUAGGAGUUUUGCUGGCAGCUCUGAAGGAUGUGGUCGCCUAUGUAUUCACCAGUGACAAAGAUAUUGUUUCCCUUGUGAGCCAAGUGAUGCCUAUUUUCACUCCCUUUCAUGUGUUCGAUGCACUUGCAGGCACUUGUGGUGGAGUCCUAAGAGGGACAGGAAAACAAAAGAUUGGUGCUAUCUUGAAUGCCAUUGGUUAUUAUGGGUUGGGUUUUCCCAUUGGAGUGUCUCUGAUGUUUGCUGCUAAACUUGGGAUAAUAGGCCUCUGGUCUGGCCUGAUCGUGUGUGUCUUCUUUCAAGCCCUCUUCUACGUAGUGUACAUCCUUCGGAUGAACUGGAGUAGAGCUGCAGAGGAGGCACAAGUUCGAGCUGGGCUAAAAGACAACGAAGAGACCACACCUACCCCGACAGAUCUGCCUGUCUUGGAAAGAGAAGAGAUCGAUGGAGUGAUUUUGCCUGAUCUCAUCAGACCAGAGAACCAGACUGCCCAAUUGAUAGCACUAGAAGGCAACAGCCAGUGUGCAGUGCCCACCGUUGGAGAGGUCUUGACAGGAAGACAGCUGGUUUUCUAUCGUGGAAUGGCUUUAACUAUUGCCGUUGCUGUGUUUGUAGCAGGAAUUUUAGUAAGAGUUUUCAGUGACCGUGGCUAGGUAGAAUUAUCACCAGUCUAUAAACCAGUGAUGCUAGCUAUCUGACGUGUUGAACCUGGAAGGUGAGCUUACUGAACGGUGGUUUCACUCUCGAUGGUAGGUGAUGUGUCUGUCCUUGGUCAUCCAGAGAAACUACACCAUAGUAUUGGAGAUCAAGCAAGGAGCAUUAUUGCCUAUUAUGUGCAAGGCAUGUUCGACUCUGGAACAUUGGCGGGGAGGGGAGAAAGAGCUAGCAAACAAGCAAACGAAAGCAAGAAAGGAUAUCAAGUU